CAAAAACCAGGCCCCUUUCCCAUCCCUAUAAGUCCUCUGUCAUUCAUCUUCCAAAAUUAGGGUUUUACGAAGGGGUAAAGUAUGGCGAAGAAGAGGAAAUCCGAGGCUACGCGGUUGGAUGAGGUGGAUCGAACUCUUCACUCAACUUUUUGCAGCGCCGCUAACUCUUUAUCGCAACUCUACACUCAGGCCAUGCACCACCAGCGGAUUUCCUCUCAGGCUGGCGAGCGCCACGCGCUUGAGAAACUUUAUAAUUGGAUUUUAAGACAGCAAGAAGAUGGAGCAAAAGUGACCACUGCUGAUAUAGUUGCUUAUGUACAGAAUGAGCUCGACUAUGGAGCUGAGGAAACCCCACCGUCCCCCAGGUCGUCAUUCCAAGAGCAACAGCCACAAAUUACCAUGCAUUUACCAAAUGGAGGGUUUCCCGUUAAUCCUAACCCCUUUUGUCCAGCAAGUGCUCCCCAGGGACUCCGUUCUGGCCACUCUGAUCACCAACCAAAGAGCUCCGUCUUUUCAAAUGCUCUGUCCAGUCCUAUUCGUGGGAGCCUCCAACACUAUCAUUUGGCGCAGGGAAGUUAUCCCCCAAACAACGCCAUGCCAUCUGCAUGUGGCAUGCAAAAUAAUGAUACCGGUUAUCUCCAAAGCCGGGAUGCCAAUCCUCCAAACUCCUCCGACACUUUGAUGGACAUGCAUUCUGAUACUCCUGACCAUGAAUUUCCCUACUAAAGGUUUAGGUUAUUUUCUGAUGCUUCAAGGUGUUCUGCACUUUCCCGCUAAGAAUGCACAUAGUAUACACACUCGUCUCCCCAGCAAAGAUGAAAGGUGUUGGCAAAGUGUGUGACUAGCUGUCAGUAUGCUGCUAAUUUAUACAUGCUGGUAAAAUUAUGUAAUGUUAGUGAUUGGUAUAUGUUGUUGCAGGUUGCAUUUUCUUCCUGUCUUGAUAUUUAUCUUUUGCUUUUGUUUUACAAUUCUGGUUGCAAUAUUUUUGUGAUUUUUUUUAGUUAAAAUCUUGUUUCUGUUUUGUCUUUGGUUGGUGUGUACAUUAUUAUUGUUAAUAAUUUAACCUUACAUCAUUGAUCC